AUGCAGUCGGCUAACACUGUUGACUGCUUACCCUUUUCAGAGGCGCAGCCUGAGCAGGGCUGGUCCAAACCUACCUAUCUUGUCACCAUGGCUCCAGACAUUGCUGUUAGCGAGCAUGCACAUUCAGGGACAUCUGCUGUUAUUGAAGCUGUUAACAAAACACUGUCUUGCAAAAGAUCACUCGUUAACAGUUCAACUGUUUCUCCAGUGGUUACCAAGGUCAUUAUCACCAAUGCUGCUGGAAAGAACUCAUCUCUUGAACAACCUCAGGCAAUUCCUGUACAGAUUCCAAAUCAGCUGCUGGCUUUGAACUCUAUAGGCCCAGGGAUCAGUGUCUUACCACAGGCACAGAACUCUCAGACACCAACAAAGACUAUCACCAUAUCCUCUCAAGGUAUUGUAUCUGCUGGUAAGACUGUUAUAGCUGCAAUGCCAGGUACACCUACCAAGUCAGGGGUGCACAUAACCAAGCUGCCAAUAUCCCCAGCAAAAACUCCAACCAAAAUCACCAUGAUACCUGUAUCAAUUGCUAAAUCUCCACAACGGGCUGUCUUAGCUUCCUCAAAUGCGACCAUGAUUCCCCGGACAAUAAGUGGUACGGAUAGGUCCAUGCUUACCAUAAACAGUUCAAUGGCAGGGGCUGGCAUUUCUAAGCCAGCCACCAUAACAAUGUCGCCAUCAAAGUUAAUCAUCAAACAGGGAACUUUACCUAAGUCUUCUACUCAACAAAUCCAGUUGCCUGUGAGCAAACCUAUACAGGUAGCUACACAACAGCAGGCAGCAAACAUACGGCAUGUCACAGUUUCCGCACAAUCAGUACAUCAAGUACAGGUUCCAGGUGAUAAGUUGCAAUAUGUACGGCUUGUCACACCCCAUACACAGGCUCAGACAACCACAGCAUCCUUGACCGACCCCUCACUCCCCCCUGUUUAG